AUGGGCCGCAGAAAGAUUGAGAUCAAGGCCAUCAAGGACGACCGGAACCGCUCAGUGACAUUCUUGAAGCGCAAAGGCGGCCUGUUCAAGAAGGCGCACGAGCUCUCGGUGCUCUGCUCCGUCGAUGUCGCCGUCAUCAUCUUCGGUCACAACAAGAAGCUGUACGAAUUCUCGUCUGGCGACAUCAACGAGACUAUCGGUCGCUACCAAUACGUCACGCAGUAUGGCGGCGCACACGAGCACAAGGGCCCUGAGGACUUCAUGGGCAAGAAGGAUGACGAGGACGAGGACGAGGACGAAGAGGGCGCGCCUCCACGCGACUCGCACACGCCGCCCGAGCAGCAUGGCCUGAUGCCGCACCACAUGCAGCACGCGCAGGCCUUCCAGCACGUCCGCCACGUCACGCCCUCCGCCUCGCCGCCAAUUCCGAACGGGUUCCAGCACCGUGGGCCCUCGCCGCAGCCUCCGCACCACCUGUCGCGACCGAACUCGCGACUGGACCAGCACCCUGGCCACGUCCGCCGCAGCUCGAACCUCGCUCCUCCCCAGCCAUACCCCUCACAAGCACCGCAGCCGCAGCCCAGCUACGCCUACAUGCCAAAUCCGCCCUUCUACAACCCGCAGGCCGCUCAGCAGCCACGGGGCCCUCCAGGACCGCAGUACCACUAUGCUACCCACCCUAUGCCGAACCCUCAACAACAGCAACAGCAUCAGCACCAGCAGCAGCACCAACAACAACAGCACCAACACCAACAACAACAACAACAACACCAACACCAACAACAACAACAACAACAGCACCAGCAGGCGCAGGCACAAGUACAGGCACAGGUACAAGCACAAGCACAAGCACAAGCACAAGCACAGGCACAAGUACAGGUACAGCAACAGCAUCAGCAAUCGCAGACUCCGCAGCCCCAAGCCCAGCAACAUGAACAACCGCCGCAGCCUACGAUCACCGUCCCGUCACCGCCCGCGCAGCACGACUUCCAAAGCCCGCCCCUUCCCCAGCCAAAGCCACUGCACGCUUCUGCCAAGCACAGCAUCUUUACGCCGAUUGAUGACAGCCAGUCAAUGCUGGCCGCGCACUGGGGCAGCAGCAGCAUGAAUCCGCCGCGCGGUGACAUAGUCAUCAAGCAGGAGCACCGGUCGCAAUCGAUCGAUGUAGCCGCCAUGUCGAGACUCCAGCCGAACGGUGCUCAGUCUACACAACCACCAAAGAUGUCCAGCCCGCAACCGCCGCCGCAGCCUCCCCAGCGGACACAGUCUACUUCGUCCGUACCGCCGAUAGCCCCGCCCACGAGAACGAACAGUCUACAGACAGACAAGAACAAGCCCAAGCUGCGCGUGCAGAUCCCAAGUGAGCAGUCAGAUGGCGGCAGUGCAACAGCGGAUUCGUCGCCCAAGGAUUCGAUCUCAGGUCAAACGCCAGCUCGCAGCACCGAUGCAUCACACUCGUCCGGCGUUGUACUCCCUCCUCCCUCACCGAGCGCCAACUCGUUGCUGAGCGCCGGCGCGACUGGUCCACCGAAUCCGUUUGCUCGCCCAGCACCACCUACCAACAGCAACUCAUACGGCAGCAGCAAUCGCGACAUGGACACACCAAUCUCAGCGUUGCCAUCCCGGUUCGUCGAGAAUGGAUUGCUGCCAUCCCCGAGCAGCUUCUAUCCCGAGUGGGGCUUUGGGCGGGGUGAUUCCAACAUGCUGCCCAGCCCACUGACGUUCCAAACACCGGUGGUCACAAACGGGCCGUCUUUUGCACGCGAUGACUCGACGGAUCGCAAGCGCAAGACAUCUGACGGCGGGAGCGACACGAGCCAGAAGCGAGUAAAGGCGUAA